UCCAGCGACGCCGGCGAAUUCACAAUCUUCAAUGUCCAUCAUCGAGUAGCAGCACCUACACCCCGCCCACUGCCCCUGAGCAUGGAAUGGGAUGAGCAGUGUGCAUCGAUUGAUCGAGAACUUGGAGGCGCCACGCUGACGAAGGAGGCGAGGCGAAUCCUUUCCGUGGAAAUGGUAUCAGAGGUUGUCUCGGUUGAGCUUGUGUCGAGAGCUCCUUUUGUUGAGACCGAUGGGCCAACGAUAGGCCAACCGACCAUCUUGAUUGUUGCACGCUGGCUCGACGAAGGCUGCUCUGCUAUAUGGGAACGUGCGGUUAGCAAGAUCAAGAAGUUGGUCGAUUCGAGACGCGUGGAGAGCGGGAAUCUCGGAGAGAUUGACAUCGCUGUCGAGAUGAUUGCCGAGGAGCACAGCCGACGAAAGCAUAUCUUGCCCGUGUCUGCCGAGCUCCUCGCACGCGGGAUGGAGACGGAUUGGGCUCUCAUCAAGAACAAGGUCGCCAGCAUCAUGGAGAGUCAUCCGGCCACGGCGGGCCAUGUCACGUCCAUCCAGCUCUUCCGGCUAGGUUUUUCGGCAGACGACGACGAGAACCCCGACACGGUUUAUGUGUCAGUCGGCUAUGAAUGCCUUGAGACGAAGUGGCCGCCUGUGGUUCGAGAAAUCCAACAAUUCCUCGGCCAAAUCACCUAUGCCGACCUGAAACUCCAUCUGGAGCACAAUAUUGUCGAGCAGUGCGCCUUCCCCUUGGUACCCAGCAGUCGCAGCCGCGCCGAGAAUGAGGCGCGGCAAAGAGAGAUGAGGCUGGUGCCAGAGAUGCCGUACCAGACCAGAGUGAAUUUGGGAGCCGAUAUUGGCGCGAGCAACUACGUGACGGGGAGCGACGGCAACCUCUUUUCCCCCUUAAUUAGGACGCUAGGCUGUUAG